CGCAUGACCUUCUACUCGUGGUGCAUGUGAUUAUAAUACUGUUUAUAACAAGCCUGGAAUGGGUAUUAGAAUUUGAAAUGUUGGCAAGUCAUGUAUGACUAAUACGGCAUUAUUGCAAUGUCAGCAGUUAGCCAUAAAGUGAUCCAUUUAGCAUCAGGUAGCAGCCUUUUAUAUAAAGAAAGGUAGAGAACUGAUAAACACUGCAGGUAAGGCUCAAGAAUCCAUCUGCCACUAUUGCCAAUUUAUUCAUUCAUAAGACAAAUUCUUCAGAACUAGAAGACAUAACCAGAAAAAUCUGGAAGUUUUAGAACAAGAACCUGAAGCUAGUGUAGCAGACAGUAAAAUAUUAGAUGAAAGAAUGGGUGGAACACGCAGUAAGCUCAGUUCUCUGAAUUCUAGCAGUGACAUCAGUACAAGUGGUGUGAUGUGUGAUAUAUCAACACAAGAAGAAGGUUCCUCACCACAGCAGUCUUACUCUUUAGUUCCACCUAAUGAUCACCCAAACUAUCGUGUGCCAAUUGUAGGGUAUGAGGUUACAGAACAACGAGCUCGUUUCACGGUGUUUAAGAUAAGAAUUGAAGAUCAAAUAAAUGGAAGAAGCUGGUUUGUGUUCAGAAGAUAUACUGACUUCGUUCGAUUAAAUAAAAAACUUAGAGUAUUGUUUCCUGGCCUCAGGCUUAAGCUUCCAGGUAGGAAGUGGUUUGGAGACAAUUUUGAUCCUAUUUUCCUGGAAGACCGAUUGCUGGGGCUGCAGUCAUUUGUAAAUAGUAUAAUUACUCAGAAACAUCUCCUUAAAAGUAAACCUGUCCAAGAAUUUAUCUGUGCUGAUGAGCCUCCUGGUCAUGAUGAAACGCUUGAAGACAGUAGAGCAUUUUGUGAAAGUUUGGAAGAUACUGUCUACAUACUAAGACAGAAACUAAAGGAGAAAGAUGCAGAAAUUGAGCUCCUAAAAGAGAAGGUCACAAAGUUGCAAUCACAAAAAGAAAUAUUGCUUAAGUCUCUCAAAUUAGAAUGUUCUCUAACAACUCAAAACAUAGAGUCAUGUCCAAAUGCACCUGGUCCAUUGACAUCUAGCCCUAAAACUCACCAUCUUCUUGCUUCGACUCCUCACUGUACUCCAAACACUAAUUUUGUAUCUGGUCAUCUACAUCGAUUACAUCAUCUCAACAUAACUUUAAUCAACAUUUCUUCAUUAUACUUGAGUAACACAAAUGGAUCUGUGUUGAGAAGUCCCUUUCACUCCUGCCAAGCAUUUAACUCUCCUUUGGUUGAAGACAUUCAUGAAAGAUAUGGUGGUGAUGGUUGCACUGUGCCAGAAGAGCGACUGCCACCACUAGGAGGAAUUGAGGACACACCUAUUUUGUCAGAAGAUGCUAUGACAAAGGUUGACAUAAUUUCUGAAAAUUGUGAAACUAGUGGUGCUUUACACAAUUCUACCAGUCAAAUAUCAAAAUUAGAUUUCUUUAGGUAUUGACAGGAAAUCUAAAUGUCUGAAUAAGUGACAUGGGACAACAGCUAUGCUGUGUACACAUACAAGUGAUAAAGUAAUGCAGUUUUCUCUAUUCAUAUCAUAUCUUUGUUAGUUUAAAUGUUUGAUUUUGUUUAGGUUUUUAGUUGUUGUUUUUUUUUUUAACAUUAACUUAAUAGAUAUAGAUAAGAGAAUUUGAAUUUUUUGAGAAGAAUUUAUGAACAAGUUUGUGUUGUGAAAAGUGUUGCUGUUAUACAGGUAUUUCUUGUGUCAAACAUGAGCUCCAAAGCAGACUGAGGUAGAAUAUUUAUCAACCAUCUUAUGAAGAAACUGACAUGAAAUCUUUUUAUCUGUAAACCAUGACAAAUAAGAAACUUACUGAUCGUACAGAUCUGUAGUGUGUGUGUGUGUGUGUGUGAAAAUAAAGAAAGAUUCCUCAAAUAAAUUAGGUUUUGGAAUUAACAAAAUCAUAUCAUUUGUGGAAGUUUUCUGUAUGUAUGUUGGUGUUUUAUUCUUGAAAUUUGCCAUGAAUCUAUAUUUUAGUGCGUGUUUUCUUUAGAUUGGUGUUGUACAUUAAACUCCUAACAAUAUAUCUUCUGUGAAUUUCAUGACAUGAAUAUAAAAACAUAGCAAAUUUUUGGUGCCUUGAUAUUUACUGCUUAACGAGUAUUCAUUUGAAAUGUUUUUCUAACGCCAAAAUAAACUAGUAAAAUAUGGGAAAAAAAGGCAAUUUUUCUCUGUUAUGUGUGUUUCAGGUAAAAAAAAAUGUAAUUAACAGAUACUAAAUGCUCAGUAUUUUCAGGUAUUUAUGUUUGUUGUAUGAAUCUGAAAUAUACUGAUUUAAUAACAGAAGUUUCAUACUAUUAAGACAGAACAUGUUACAGAUUAAUUGUUCUUAAUGAUGUUCAAAUCAAAAUAUUCAAUUUUUAUUAGAAAUAAUUAGUUCUUUUUUUUAUUAAAAAAAAUGUCAUAAGGAACUUGCUGAUGCCAUUGCAUAAUAUUUGGCCAAAGUUAUAUUUUUGUACUCUGUUUAUGGUUUAAUAAUUCCACAAAAAAAUGAGCUUAAGAAUAAACUUGUCCAUCUGUAUUCCCAGACUUCGCAUUCGGAUUGAGAUUAAACUCUGUUACCUUCUAGAAACUGUUGUGUAGCAUCUAAACAAAACUGAGUUUAAAAAUAAAAUUACAUUAUAUAAUCCCAGCCUAAAAAAUAUAACUUUAAAAUAAGCUGUCAAUAAGUUAAAAAUAUUUGUUAUUUAAAGCACUGGUUGGAAUAUAUUAGUUCCGUUAGCUUAAUUGAACUUGAGUCACCCUGUUUACUGGUGUUUAAAUAUUUUGACAAAAAUAAAUAUGUACUCAUUUUUUAUUGUGUAAAUGUGUUCUUGUACUCUGUAAUAUUUAUAAUCAUUAAUUAAACAUCCUACAGAGUUCAUACUUGCAUAUGUAUAUAUAAAGUAAUUUUUGAUUGAGACAUUGUGUGAAUCCACUGUCUCUUGUUGGAAGUGUCAUAGCUUUAAUUUUUAGAGACAAUAUACCUUUUAGAACAUAGAAACCCAUUAAAUAUGAAAAACAAAAAUGUGUGUUGUAAACUAAAAUUCAAGCUUGAGGUAAAAGUUAUUGUAUCAUUAGUUAGGAAUAGUAGUGAAAACAUAUGUUUAUAAAAUCAUGUUAUAUACUGUGUUAUAAUCUAGGGCAUUAAGUUCCAUGUUAAUGUUUUUUAGAUGCUUAUUAACAUUUUGGGGAUUUUUUUUUUUCUGUAAUUAAUGAAUUCCAUAAUUUAAAAAAAGGAGAGUUUUUGUUAUUUAAAUUCAUGUUUUGCCUCAUGUAAAACUCUCUACUCCAAUGAAACUGGAAAUUAUUUAACACUUAUAUAACAUCUCUUAAAUAUGUGUGAAGGAAGAUGGAGUCGUAACCCAGCUGGCCUGACAGACUUCUGUAUUAAUCAAAUGGUCAUAUUGGCAGUGAUUCACAAUACCCAAACACUAAUAAAUAUUUUUUGUAUUGGAAACCUGUAAUGAAUGAAAUGGUUAAAGUUAUUCUCAGUUAUUGUAUGUAUUAUUUUAUGCUCCUUAAACAUAAUAUACAGCUGUUAUCCUUUCAUUUUGAUACGGUCUUACCUCCUCUCACAAAACUAUCUCGAUCUUCUUUCUAUCCCCUAAGCAUUGCUAAAAACUAUUAACGUUCAGCACACCAGUUUAUAUACCACACAAAUUGUGUGCCAUUUUUGAACAUGUAUAUAGCAUGUCAUCACCCUCCAUCAAUAGUAUUGUGCCACCUAUAUUGGCACAGCUGUCUCCCUCUUAAUCUUCACUUUCACAUGUGACUAACAUUUACGAUUGUAUUUCAUUGACAUUUCAAUAUCAUUUUCAAGUUUUCUUUUACUGUGUUUGUAUUCAAUUGUUUAAUUUUUUAUUUUUUUUACAUUCGUUUAUUGUUAUCCAAUUAUACUGUAACUUAGAAUGACUUUGUGAUACAAUGCAUCAACAAUGGAAGUUCCCAUUAUGGUAGACAAUGCCUGUGGUAUAACUACCUGGGCAUUGGGUUCGACUUUAUCUACUGAGGGGGUACAAGCCUUAAUUUGCAGGGAGUUAGGUUCCUACUGGCUGGAGGUUUCUUCUCAUUUUCUGAGGAUGAAUACAAUCAAAGAGAAGAAAAUUGGAUUCACCUUUUCUGGCACCUUCUUAUUUUAGUGUGUCACAUUCUAGAUCUUUUUUUCUAUAGCUCUUUAAUCAGGUAUGUGGUAUAUUACGUUUCCUUGUCCUCCUAGCUUGCAGAUGUCAUCAAUCAGAUAUUUUUGCUUUUAAUGUUAACAGAAUCCUCUACCAUUCCUCUUAUGUUGUUGUAUAUCCAGACUGGCCCUUCUUCCAUUAGACCUCUGUUGCCCAGGAAGGCCAUUUAGCUUUCACAUCCAUUUCUUUACCUUCCAUCUCCCUACUGUACUCGUAUUCUGAUCCCAAUCAGCUUCCUUGUCAGGUUUACUCCCUGUGGUGUUAUGUGGCACGCACUGCCUCCUUUCAGGGUUCAUGUUCCCAAACUUUUAUUCCCUGAAACCCUUCUAUUUCCUGUGAUCUAUUCCCUAUCACACUAACUGGUGGGUUCACCAACUCCUUAGGCUGGCAUAUUCAGACUUAUCUAUGGAAGGUCGCUGUCUCCUCAACAUUUCUUCUCAUCAAAUAUCAUAUCACCACAUCUUCGCCAUCCAUUGGAAGAAAUCGUUCAGGCUGGAAUAUGGACUACUCCCUAUUCGUCGGUAUUAUCUGCACUAUCUGGCUGUAUCUUUCUCAGGUGGAUAUUAACUCCCUCCCAUGGCAAUUCAACACUCGUUUGUCCCUCUUUGACAUGGGUAUGUCUUUUCACAACAUUUCAUUUAUGUUU